GACGGUGGCCCAAGAAAUCUGCGGAAUUCCUCCUUCAGCUCUUGAGAAACGCUGAAUCUAAUGCUGACCACAAAGGUCUUGAUGUUGACCGUCUCGUCAUUGAUCACAUUCAAGUUAAUCAUGCACCUUGCCUUCGUAGACGGACGUACAGAGCCCACGGUCGCAUUAAUCCUUACAUGAGCAGCCCCUGCCACAUCGAAGUGAUCCUGACUGAGAAGGAAGACGUAGUAGCUAAAGCCACCGAGGAAGAACCCUCCAAGAAGAAACUGAGCAAGAAGAAGCUUGCCCGCCAGAAGGAGAAGAUGAUGAGAGAAUAGAGGAAUAACGGUGACUUUAUACAUUUACAAGGAACUGUAUUGUGAAUUAAAGAGUUACACUAUUCGAUAA